GUUGUUUCCGCCGAGUCUGUGAGUGGACAGCAGCGAUUGAGGAACCAACGAUUGGUUUUAUCUUUAGGGGGGAUUUAUCAGUGUAGUAUCAAUAAUUGACAAAAUAUAGAUUUAUCUAAGUACAAAAGCUGCCUCAACAGGACAAAGCUGUAGUAUCCAAUGAAGCAAAAAAAGUUAUCACCCAAAAUAGAGAGGAAAUAAUCGGAUAUAUAAGUAGUUUUUUAAUCUACUCGCACACCCCUACGGUUUCGAGAUCGACUAUUUCGCCUGUUAAUGAAAAGUGGAGAUCCCGUCCGUCAUCUACCCUGCUGCGGUCUCCGUCUCCAAAGAGUGAUUGUAUUUUUCCCUUUAAUGACCAGGAUGCAGUGAAGAAUUAUGACGGUUGUAAUUCUCAUGGCAGGCCCGUGGAAAGCUCAUUUAUCGAUCGAGUUACAGGAGAAAAGGUGAGCGUUGGCCAUGGGGGUUCUCUGGCUGCAUUGCUUGAUCCUGACUGUGACGACAUGGACGGGGGUGUGUGUGACACAUGCAAAGCAAACAAGAUGGCCUUUAUAUUCCCAGACACCGGUUCUCUUGGCUUGGAAUGCACCCACGCAGGACUGCGCCCCGAGGCACGGUGUGACUUUACCCUUGGACCAGUUUGACAUUGUUGCCUCCCCCAACGAGGGCUUUGUCCGUCAAAACCUGACCAUAUUCUACAAGGAGCGCCUCGGCCUUUAUCCUUAUUACGAGCGUGAUGGCACUGCAGUUAACGGGGGCCUUCCGCAGCUUGCCAGCCUGGUUGAACACUAUGAAAAGAUGCCAGAAGGUGUUCAGAAAUAUAUACGGGAACCAGGGGCCAAAGGUUUGGCUGUUGUUGACUGGGAAGAGUGGCGCCCACUGUGGAUCAGGAACUGGGAUUCUAAAGACAUCUAUCGAAGUAAAUCCCGGGAAAUGGUGCUCAAAAAGAACCCGACUUUUACCCCGGAGCAAGCUGCAAAAGUGGCCCAGCAGGAGUUUGAGCUGUCCGCUCGUAAAUUCAUGUUGGAGACGCUGAAACUUGCAAAGAAUUUGAGGCCCAAUCAAGUGUGGGGCUUCUACUUAUUUCCAGAUUGCUACAAUCACGACUACAGGAAUGGCCUGAAGAACUACACGGGUCGCUGCCCCCAGCUGGAGAUGGCCCGUAAUGACCAGCUCAACUGGCUGUGGAUGGAGUGCACGGCGCUUUUCCCUUCCAUAUACAUGGGAUCCGUGCUGCGCUCCACACAUUACGGGCGCCUCUUCGUGCGCAACAGGGUGAAGGAGGCCAUGCGCCUGGCGUCUGUCGGGGAUGGCUUGGCGCGGCCGGUUUUCGUCUACACCCGACCUACGUACAUCAAUCAGAUGGCUCUCCUCACCGAGAUAGAUCUGGUGUCCACCAUCGGUGAGAGCGUCGCCCUGGGAGCAGCGGGAGUCAUCUUCUGGGGAGACUCGUCCUACUCUAGUGACAGUAGCUGCUCGGCCCUUAAAGACUAUCUCAGCGGAGCGCUGGGUCGCUACUUGCUCAACGUGUCCACAGCGGCGGAGCAGUGUAGUCGGGCACGGUGCAACAUGCACGGCCGCUGUCUACGCAAUCAGCCGGACGAGGACGUGUACUUGCACCUCAGCCUGUCAACGCACAGCAUCAGUUGGCAGGACGGCCACCUGAAGGUGAACGGCAAGCCUGGCGAGCCCGAGCUGGCUCUUUUCCGUCAACACUUCCAGUGCCAGUGCUACACUGGCUACCACGGGGAGGCCUGUGCUCUGAGAGCCAAAGGGCAGAAUAAAGCCCCCUCUGUUCUCGGAACAUGGUCGCUUUGCUUUUUACUCCCACUUGGACUCCUCACUCUGUUACAGUGAGGAAAUGAAGCAACUUAAAGUAUUCACUGCGUGUGCCAAACAAACAAAAAAAUAUAUCAUAACAAUAGUUGGGCUGUUUGACACGAAAUUGCGCCAAGUUCCUGAUCAAGAAUAAUAACAAUACUGCUGAGUCACCGUUUGUCACUUAUUUUGUGUGCAAGUGGGAUUUUUCCAAAUGUGGUCUUAUUUUUCAUUCACCCUCCCCAGGAUCCUUCUAACAGAGUAGCGUGAGUGUGAGUCAAGCUUCACGAGAAGCUCACACAUGCUAGACCGCAUUCUGUAUUCAUUUUUUCAUGACUGCUCAUAACUUGGCUCAAAAUCCAUGCGAAGCCCGCAUGCUCCAUGGUGUCCUUGACCUCCAGAUGGUGACUCUCUGUCUUGACCACAGUGUGCUUGUGAGACUGACGUUUUUGUUUUAUUUCUUAAAACUGGAAAUAUCGGUGGAAGCUUUGCAAAUGAAAAUGAGCACUUUUUUUACAUGCUGCACAAACAAUUUUAAAUUGUUGCUCACUUUGACCUCAUCUAAAAUCUGAACAUUUCAUUAUGUCGUAAAAUGCUGAAUUAUUACAAAUCAUACAAAUUACUUUGCAGUUAUCUUCAGUGUUAUAAUAAUAAUUUCAACAUUUCACAUAACAUACCCCUCAUCCCCCACCCCCAUAUUUUUUUCACUUCCAAUUUAUUUCCCUGCUACAAUGUUUCGGAUGUUUCUCAAAAUAAUAUUUUUUGCUUUUAAUCCUACCCUUUGCUUAUAACACACACACACACACACACACAAACAAAACUUGACCAUGACAUGCCUGUAUUUGUGCUUUUUAUCAAUGAUCCAAAACAACGUGGCUGGGCCUGAACUCUUUUAGUUGAGAAAUGUGAUAUUGCGGACAAGAGUUGAUUAGUUUACAGAUGCUACUGAAGUUUUGAAUGCAGUGUUCAUCUCAGCCUUCUAUUUGUUUACGGUGUUUUGUAAUAGUCCAAAUUGCCUUCCAGUUUAUCAUAGGAAAAGUAUACGAGUCUUUUGAGGAGGAAAGGGAAAGUAAAGGAAAUGUAACGCUUGAAUGAUGUAGAUGUCCUUCCAUGUCAAGUACAAAUAAUCCAUCUUUUCAUCCUACUCUGGGAAAAAAAACACCGUCAGUAUCUCUUUUAAUGUAUUUGUUUUAUUGGACAAUAAUGAACUUUAAAUUGCAGAAUAGGUAUUAUUCACUCACAAUUUAACUUUUAAGUCCUUGCAUGUUGUUUCCUGUCUGAGUUCCUGCUCAUGCAGCUGUGACGACAGCGGCUACUGAAGCUACAUCAAACAAAAUGCAGUAUAUUUCUGUAGUCAUUGUUAGCUGGCGCUAGCAAAACAGAUUAUAUAUUAAAUUGGUUCCAUAUUUAUCAUGCUGAUGGGCCGAGUAAAAGGAAAUUAUAAAUGCUGUUAUGCAACACAAUGUUUACAAUGCUGCAAACGUUUUGAAAUUCUGCACUUUAACACGUUUUCUGUUGAACAAGAGAACCUGUACAAACUUACAAACUUUGCUGCGUAAAGUUUGUACAGGGACAUGAACUGUGCAUUGUUGCAUGUUUUUUUUUUUAAUUUGGUAUUUACAUUUUGUUGUAAGAUUCAUUUUGCUCACAUACUUUGAUUUAAACCAGAAACAAACAUGCUUGAUGAUAUGUUUUUAAUUCAGUAUCUGACGAUGUAAUUUUGUCAAUUUCUCAUUUUUUACUACAUUAAAACACAUUUGAAUGUAA